AAAUAAAAAUCUAUAGGAAGUCCAUGAAAAUUUGAUAUUAUGGAUACUGGAUAGUGUAAUAAAAAAAUACAAUGAAGUUUUUCUAUUACGUAAAAGUAUGGAUUGAAAAAGAAAUGAUUAUCAUAUAGCAAUGAAGGAAAGUGAAAAUAUAGAUUAUGAUAGUAAUGGAACUGCUGUUGCAUCUGGUCCAGGCCAUGCAAAUCCUGUGUACAUCAAAUGGCUUCUGGAGGCAAUUCAGAAAGUUAGACAUCAGAAGCAGAGGCCAUCAAUGGAAAGAAUAUGUAAUGCAGUACGUCAGAAUCAUAAAGUUAAUAGAGAUGCUAUUUUGGAGCAGCUUGAGUUAGCUGUAAAUGAUGGUGCUGUUUUAAAGGUUUAUAAUAAGGGAUUAUGUUCCUAUAAGGAUCCAGUAUGCAUGUCACAGUUGAAAAGUCGUGCAUUGAGUGUAACUAAGAGUACAGAUCUUGUGAAAGUAAUUCAAAAAACUGUAAAAGAAUUAGGUGAAGUAGGAGGAUCAAAUCUUCGUUCCAUUGAGAAAUAUAUAAGAAAGACUUACAGUCUUGAUAUUAUAUCAGGCAUUGAUUUUAGUCAGCAGUUGAGUUUAGCUGCAAAAAGAGCAGUUAAUAGUGGCCGUCUUAUUCAAAAUGGCCACUUGUACAAAGCUGGUAAAGUUACAUCUGGUUCUUAUACAGGUGAUCUAGAAUCAGUUGAGAGUAGCAGUUCUUCAAGCAGUAGUAGUUCCAGUCAGGAUUCUGAUCAUGGAAAUUUUACUAAUGGAAAGCAGAAGAAGGUGUUAAUUUGUAAUUUCUGUCACGGAGUACUUCGAAGCAAUAGAAAUGGACUUUCAGAGAAUAUGCUAACAUGCACUGAAUGUGGAAUUCAUGCACAUCCAUCGUGUUUAAAUUAUUCGCCUGAAUUAGCAGCUCGGUUACUAAACAGCAGGUGGCAAUGUACAGAUUGUAGAUCUUGUAGAAUAUGUAAUAGAAGAGAGAAUAUUAAAACUAUGUUAUCUUGUAACUCUUGUCAACAAAGUUAUCAUUCAAAUUGUUUACAACCUCCUGUCUCAAAAAAUUUAAAAGGAACAUGGAGAUGUAGAUCUUGUCUAAGAAGGAAUAACUUCAAAAAUAAAGACAGAAAGCUAGUACAGGAAAUGGCAGCUAAUGUUAAACAGAGAUAUCAGAAGCAUGGAAAUAAGAUGAACAUGAAAAAAGAUAUAACUAAGGCAUCUUGGGUCUCAGGAAAUAAAUUACAAAGAGAGAGACAGAAAAAUUUGUCUGAGAACUUUUCUUCAAUUUCAGAUUCUGGUCUAUUGGAAUUUGAUCAAUCCAAACCGCAACUACCUUCUGGAGUUACUUUAAAAGAUUUUAAUCUUUUUAAGAAAACACAGGAAACUGCACUUAAAGCUAUGGGACAUGAUGCAAUACCACGGGAACCUCAAGGUAGGAGUCCUGCAGCAAUUGAGUUUGGAAAAUAUGACAUCCAAACUUGGUAUUCAUCACCGUAUCCACAAGAAUAUGCUCGGUUGCCAAAAUUAUUUCUUUGUGAAUUCUGUCUAAAGUAUAUGAAGAGUAAAAGUAUUUUAUUAAGGCAUAUGCAUAAGUGUACCUGGACUCAUCCACCUGCUACGGAAAUCUAUCGCAAAGACGAUCUUUCGGUAUUUGAAGUGGAUGGAAAUGUAAACAAAAUAUAUUGUCAAAAUCUCUGUUUACUAGCAAAAUUGUUUUUAGAUCAUAAGACGUUAUACUAUGAUGUUGAGCCAUUCCUAUUUUAUGUUCUUACAAAAAAUGAUAAUAAAGGAUGCCAUCUUGUAGGAUAUUUUUCAAAGGAGAAACAUUGUCAACAACGUUAUAAUGUAUCAUGUAUUAUGACAAUGCCACAGUAUCAACGGAAAGGAUAUGGAAGAUUUUUGAUUGAUUUUAGUUAUUUAUUAUCACAAAGAGAAGGUUUGCACGGUACUCCAGAAAAGCCAUUGUCAGAUUUAGGUCGUAUUAGUUAUAUGUCUUACUGGAAAAGUGUAAUAUUAGAAUAUCUUCAUACUUUUAAAGAAAAAUCUAUUUCUGUUAAAGGCAUUGCAAAAGCUACUGGUCUUAAUCCUCAAGAUAUUGCUGCUACAUUAUUUAAUUUACAAAUGGUUAUGAGAAAUGAAGAAGGAAAGUUAACGCUUUGUAUAAAGAAAAAAAUGAUUGAAGAACACAUGAUGAAAGUUGCAGCUAAUAAAGACAAGAGACUCGAUUUGGAUCCCGAAUGUUUACGAUGGACACCUCUAGUAUCUAAUCCUUCGUUUUCGGACGAGGAAGAAGAUGCUCAAAACAAAAAUCAAAAUUCAUUUCCCAAAGAAAAUGCGAAGGCAGAAGCGAAUUCAGAAAAAGCCAGCAUACAAAACAGUUUGCCAAAGAAAGUUGCGGAGAAAAAACUUAAGAGGAAGCAGAAGUGUUCCGCGAGUGACGACGAAAAUAUAUCUGAGACGUCCGAAUCGAAACACAAGAAAGCAAAAAUCAAUUCAGUAUUAUCGAACGAAAACAAGUUAUCUUUGGGAAAAGACGAUAAAGAAAAAUUUGAAAGAAAAAACAAAUCGAGAAAAUUUCUUGUAAAUACAAAUAAUUGUUGUAAAGAUUUGGAGACGGAGGACAGAAGAACUCUGAGUGCAAUAAACAGCAAGCAGAGGAAGACGGGCAGGAGCCAGAAGAGAAUGGCGUCGUACGCCGAGGCCACCACCGAGUCCGAAAGUAAUUCCGCUCCCCCCGUUCUGCUACCCGCGGUGGGUGCGGACAAUUCGGCAGCCUCGCGAGACAACGACUCUUCUCCGCCGGUGCUUCAGGCUCUGGUCUCCGUCAACGAAGGCAGGAAGCAGAACUCCACCUUCAUCAGUUCGCUGAGGAAGAGAAGAGGAUGGCCCAAAGGGGUCAAGAGGGGUUCUCCCGUCAAGAAGGCCUUCUUCAGAAGAGGCAGACCGCGAAAGAUUCGACAGAAGUUUCGAAGGCGGAUGACCAAAGAAGAGGAAGGAGACGACGACAAAGAAGCGUCCGACUUUCCGGAACCCACGGAAAACAAAGAAAGCGCGGAGAACGUACGGGAGGAGGAAAGUCCGGAGGCCGCCCAAGUCUCACCGUCGCAGGAAGACGGAGAAGAAGAAUCUCGAGAAGUACCGGCGGAAAACGAGAACGAGAACCGGAACCAGAAGGCGAAGGAGGAGGAGGAAAAUCCCCAGUUACAAACGGAUCGGGCGACGGAACCCGCUUUUCCGGAGGAGUCUCUUCGGGAGGAAGAGAAGACCGCGCAGUCUCCCCUUCUUCCCCCCACGGACACGGCGCAGAACCCGGCGCCGGAAGAGGAGGAAAUCUCCCACCCGGCCGAAGACGCCGAACCCGGAGAGGAGUGGGGCCGGGACGCCUUCUGCCCGGGAAGCGAGGCGGCGGCCGAAGGCACCGAAGGGGAAGGGAAGACAGCGGAGUCGGUGGACGACUGUUCGGAGUACGCGCAGACGGUUCAGCUGCCGCCCACGCCCGUCACUCCGCAGACGCCGCCCUCCAAUCUCUACAAGGGCCAGGCGGGCCCCGCCUCCGCCUACGGCCCGCCCGAAGACCACUCGGACGGCGUCUGCAGCCAGGAGGCCCGCCUGGCCGUGGCCUCCAUUGUGCCCGGGGGAUCCCCCGAGGUGGACGUCACCCCCGGCUACCGAGAGACGCCGGUGUCCCGGGCCAAUCUGGAGCCGGCGGACCAACCCUCGCCGGCCGCCGACUUCGCCCCCGACGGGGACCUUCGGCAGCCCGACCUGCCGGAGAUGGGUGCCCACCCUCGCUCGGCUCCAGUCCCCGCCGCCAAGCACCCUCCCGCCUCGCAGGAGAUGGCCGCCAUGGGCGUCUACACCCCGGAUUCGUCCACCAACAGCGUCAUCUCCAACGCCGGGUACAAUUCGGUGGAGAUCGACGUGGCCCAGUUGGGCCUGGAGUCGCCCGCCUCCAUCGGCAGCAACGAGAUGGCUCAGAAUUCCGUGGACACGCCCCAGCCCGCCCCCACUCCCCAGCCCUACCCCGACUGCGUCCAGCAGAUCCAGGCCGGCUUCUGCCCAGCUUCCGCCGUGGGGGGCCGCGCCUCUCGCGGCCUUCCCCCCGACCCCGCCGCCGCCGCCCGGGCACACUCGCAAGCGCACACUCAGGUCAACCCGCCGUUCUCCACUCGCUCCAACAGUCCGGUGCGCAGGUCUCACUGCGUCUCCGCCCCCCUCCCCUCCCACCUCAACCACGCCUCCGCCUCGCCCUCUCUGCCGGGCGCCGUGCGCACCUCCGUGGUCAACGUCAACCCCGCCCCCGUCAACGCCGUCUUCGUCGGACCCGUCUCCGGCGGAAGCUACGCCGGACCGGUCAACGUAGCCGUCUCCUGCGCCAACCCCGCCGCCGCCGCCGCCGGCUCCUACGUGGUGGGCGUGCCGGUGGCCGCCGUCAUCCCCCACCGGUCGUCGGCCGCCCCCUCACCCGCCGCCGGCCAUCACCGCCAGUCGCGGGCCGCCCAGGGGACCUCGGCGCGCCCCCCGGCGGCCACCCUGGCCUCCGGGGCCAUGCAGAGACUGACGCACGUGGGCAUCGGGCUGCCCUCGGGCGCCGGCGGCUCGGCUUGCACCGCCGCCUCCUCGGUGCCCGCCGCAUUCCACCUGCAGCCCCCCUGCUACGCCUACGCCCCGGCCCCGGCCGCCACCUCCCACUCGCAGAACAGCACCAGCUGUAGCCUGGCCAAGCUGCAGCAGCUGACCAACGGCAUCAUGGACAUCGUGCCCAACGCCGCCUGCGCCACCAUGACCCCCCCGCCCAACUACACGCCGCCCUCGCCUCAGAUCGAGGCCACGCCCCCGCCCCAGAUGCAGCGCUCGGCCGCCCCGAUGCCGGCCGGACUGCGGCCGCAGGUGUCGUCGCCGGCCGGCUCGCGGGCCUACGCCAAGUACAACUACGGCUACCACGGGCAGAUGGGGCGGGGGGCCAACGUGGCCGUGGGCCCCAACCUGGUGACGGGCUACCAGACGCUGAACGGAGUGGGCUACCAGAUGCAGCAGGCGGCCUCCCCGGCGGCGGUGCUGAACACGGCGGGUUACAUCGCCAACGCCGGCUUCGUCAACCAGGCGCAGCUGCCGGCCGUGCAGAUGGGCAUGGUCAACGUGCACCCGCAGAGCCAGUACCAGGAGGCCCUUCAGACGGCGGGCUCCCAGAACGCCAUGUAUACGACCUACAGCUACCACAUAGGCGGGGGCCUGCCCUCGCAGACCCUGAACCCCGUCAUGAGGCGGUAACGUUUCUACUCGGGCGCUUUUUUACUCGGAGACGAAAGACGUUUUAAUAGUGAGAUCACGGAGCGCGGCUUCCGUGAUUUUUUAAUCCACCGUCUUAUGUAAAUACCGAUGUAUUGUGAAUAUGAGUGACGCUCGUCUUUUCCAUUAUUCCACAUGGUGUAAUUACCGAUGUAUAUACAGUACAUACAGCAUAUAAAUAUAUAUAAAUAUAUAAAUAUGAAUAUAAUUUAGGGUGUACGGGGUGGGGGAUGCGCCCGCCCAUCCACACACCUCCCUCACUAUGUAUAUAAUUUUUUUUAAGGGAAGUGGCGUUGUUCCGGGCGUUACGUCGCAUUCUCCAUCUAAUUUUGUAUUACCAGAGAACGGAGAGGUCGCCGCUUCUUUUUCCCGUUCGUCACGUUUCAGUUAUUUGUGAUAUUUACGGAAUUGUUAUGCACAAAUUGUAUAAUCCUCAUUCGGAGCUCGCGCGGAGGACCCGGUUGGUCCUGCCCGACCUUUUCGUGCACCGGCCGGCCGCCGGUUACGGCCCGGAGUACUAACUACUGAACUUGGUGUUGUGUACCGUAGGUCGAUCCUAACGAAAGUUAUUUGUUCCAAUCGAUUAUUAUUAAAUAAAAAAAUUACACACCGAA